UUUCAGUCAGGUAUUUGCUGGAGCGUGCAGGGCAGCCGUGGGUGGAGUCAAGAAAACCAGAAGAGAUGGCAUUUAGCUUCAUGGCAAAAGGUAAGCAGUCACUGUAGGAAGGAAGCUUAUAGCUGUCCCCUACUUCACCCUCCCUCCAAGGAGGAGGAAGGAGGUCAUGGAUUGGUCAGAUUCAAGAACACUGAACUGAGCCACAGUCCUGGGGGUCGGGCCUCCGCAUGUGAAAGAAGGAGGUUAAAGUCUGGGGACGGCUCCUGUGUAUUUCUUCUCUCUCAGAUACUCAAGAUGGCUUUUCCCUGCCGCAGGUCCAUGAAUCCUAAGACUCUGACCUUCUUUCUGGUGGGUGUGAGUUUCUUGGCCCUGCACCUAUGGUUGCUCCAAGCCUCCAGGUCCCCGCAGGAGAACAUGUGGGACGGAUCCGUCGAGGCCACCCCCGCUGCUCCUGUGGCCGCGCAGCCGUGGCUGUUCAGCCCGUGUGUGGCCAACGACUCGGCCAACGCCACGGACGACUUCGAGCAGCUGCCGCAGCGCAUCCAAGACUUCCUGCGGUACCGCCACUGCCGCCACUUUCCCCUGCUCUGGGACGCGCCCGCCAGGUGCGCGGGCCGGCGCGGGGUCUAUCUGCUGCUGGCGGUCAAGUCGUCGCCCGCCAACUACGAGCGGCGCGAGCUCAUCCGCCGCACCUGGGGGCAGGAGCGCCUGUACGGCGGGCGGCAGGUGCGGCGCCUCUUCCUGCUGGGCACGAGCCCGCCCCAGGACGCCGAGCGCGCCGAGCGGCUGCAGGCGCUGGUGGGGCUGGAGGCGCGCGAGCACGGCGACGUGCUGCAGUGGGCCUUCGCGGACACCUUCCUCAACCUCACGCUCAAGCACGUGCACCUGCUCGACUGGCUGGCGGUGCGCUGCCCGCACGCGCGCUUCCUGCUCAGCGGCGACGACGACGUCUUCGUGCACACGGCCAACGUGCUCGGCUUCCUGGAGGCGCAGCGGCCCGACCGCCACCUCUUCGCCGGGCAGCUCAUGGACGGCUCGGUGCCCAUACGCGACAGCCGGAGCAAGUACUUCGUGCCGCCGCAGCUCUUCCCCGGGCAGGCCUACCCGGUGUACUGCAGCGGCGGCGGCUUCCUCCUGUCCAGCCGCACGGUCGGGGCCCUGCGCGCGGCCGCCCUCGACACCCCGCUCUUCCCCAUCGAUGACGCCUACAUGGGCAUGUGUCUGAAGCGCGCGGGCCUGGCGCCCAGCAGCCACGAGGGCAUCCGGCCCUUCGGCGUGCAGCUGCCCGGCGCCCGGCAGCCCUCCUUCGAUCCCUGCCUGUUCCGCCAGCUGCUGCUCGUGCACCGCUUCGCACCCUACGAGAUGCUGCUCAUGUGGAAGGCGCUGCACAACCCCGGGCUGAACUGUGGCCCGGAUCACAGGGUCUCCUGAGGACGGGUGGGGCGUACUGGGGGAGGGUGAGCAGCCCCCGCACGUGAUGUGUCCCGUGCUGAGAGCGCAUCUUUCCUGCUCUGGAUACCUUCUAUCCCACCCAGCUCGGUGCACCCGAACCCCAGCUGCACACUGGAAUCACCUGGGGGUGGGGGGGGGCGGGGGUUGCAAAAGCCUGGCUCCUGGCCCCACCUCCAGAAUCUCUGAUUGUGUUGAUGCCGGGUGUCCCCGGAUACCUAGGUAUUUUUUAAGUUCCUCGGGUGAUUCGAGUGUGCAGCUAGGAAUGAAGCCCGCUGGGCAAGGGAUGUCAGUUUCCCCUCCAAAUGCGGCUCCACUGCCCCCUCUAGGAGCCUUCCGGGGCCAGCUCCUGCCCUGAGUCCAUGUGGGCAGUGGAACAAGGGAGGGGUAAGGAGCCGGGGUCCGAUGUCUCCUCUUGGGUACAAUACACGAGUUGUCACUUCCAUCAGUUCCUCCACAAGUGAGUAGACACGCGGCUCAGUGAGGACAGUGACUGAUCCAGGGCCACGUGGUCAUUCCCAGUCAACACACCAUUGUGGUCCCCUCCACGUCCACCGACCACAGCUGAUGCACACCAGUGCCACCAGCCCUCACGCCCAGAGGGCAGAGACAGGCUCCCUGCCGGAGUCUGGGCCUGAGGGUUGGUCAGCCUUGGGGAACCAAGCUGGGGGGUUCAGGGUGGCAUCAGCGUGGGGGUCAGCAAUGGUGAAACCAUGCAAGACAGUGAUAGGGGAAUCUGGACACUGUUUGGGAAGCCCAUGGAGGGCGACAUACAGAACUGUGUUGGGGGUGGGAGAUCAGAUUAGUAGCCUUGAGGGACAAUGGUUAGGGAGUGUGCAGAGGUGACUGGAGUCGUGAAUAUCAGUUAGGAGGCCGAGGGAUCAGUGAUCGGGACUCUGUGAUCUCCAGGAGCUUCAGUCAUCCUGGCAAAGUAGGAGGAUCAAGAAAACGGCCUAAGGGUGAGGCAGAAAUGUGUAUCAAGGUCCCAGCUGUGGGAGACGGACAAGAGGGUAUGACUUCAAGAAGGAAGGAGCCCAGAUAGGAAGUCAGGAGGCUGACCAAACGCCCUCCCUGCCCUUAGGACAAGGUCCGUUCCUCCCCACCCGCAGACUCAUCUGGGCGGAACCACUCACGCUGUCCUUUCUUGGGCUUCCUCCUCCCUCUGCGCUUCUGCACAAGCUCUGAUCCCUUUACGGGAAGUGUCUUUGAACCACCACCGUCCCUGUCUCUUGCGUCAUGCAGGAUGCCUGUGGGGGAGGCUGCCAGCUGCCUGCCAAAGUCUGCUACUCCCUCCCUCCUGGGCACGCACCUAGACUACACUCCCCAGCCUCCCUGGCAUUUGGGCAUGGCCAUGUGACCAGGCUCUUUGAUGAAUGUGGUGUGGACGCCAUGAGGACCGCACUUGCACCCUGCCGCACCUGUGCUCCCCUUCCCCUUCCCCUGGAUGGGAACAUGGAUCGGCACGUGAUCCCGCUCUGACCUUGCAGAGCUUGUAACAGACAAGAAAAUGAGAAUGCUGAGGCCAGGAGAAGACACCUUCCUUAUUCUCUAGAAAGUCUGAAUUCUGUGCUCUGACGACUUCCUCCCAUUUCCCUGACAAGCAGAUGGAUUAUCCCCACUUUACAGUAUGUAAAUUAACGUGGAGAGACAGAAUGUUGUAAAGCACCUCUGAGUCCCUGACUGCCUUGAAUCCUCACGCCAGCCAGGGAACGGAGAUUAUUACCACCGCCCUUGGCCAGAUGUGGAGACCGAGGCCCAGGUAUAUACCCGGAAGAAUUGAAAACACGGGUCCAUACAAGCCCUCAUACGUGAAUGUCCAUAGCAGCAUUAUCCUUAGUAGCCCCAAAGUGGAAAGAUACCAAAGGUCCAGCAACAGCUGAAUGGAUGAGCAAAACGUGGUAGAAUAUUAUCACAGCAGAAUAUUAUCACACAGCAGAAUAUUAUCCAGCCAUAAAAAGGAAUGGGUGUGCUGAUCCCCGCUACAACACGGAUGAACCGUGCAAGCGUUCUGCUGGGUGAAAGCAACCAGGCACCAAAAGCCACAUAUUGUAUGAUUCUAUUUAUAUGAAAUCUGCAAAUUAUAUGGAUCUGCAAAUCUGCAGAGACAGGAAAGUAGAUCAGGGGUCGCCAGGCAUUGAGGGGAGGGACGACGAACGGGAUGAUGAAAAUGUUCUGGAACGAGAUCAUGGCGAGGGCUGCACGAUUUUGCAAACAGUCUAAAGUCCACUGACUUACCGCUCAAAAGGGUGCAUUUUAUGGUAUGUAAAUUAUAUCUCAAUAAUACACAUUUUAUUUCUUUAUUUUUAAAUAUUUUAAUGUUUAUUUUUGAGAGA